ACCAAAUUUGAGAAUACGCCAAACAUUGGUAUUAGUUUAGUGUUUGACAUUAGCUAAGUUAAAAAGCCAUAACGACGGUAGCUCUCAAGCUUAUAUAUGGAAGACCCUAAGGAAGAGAAAGGAAGAGAAGAUGUUCGCUAUCGAGGCGUUCGAAGGCGGCCAUGGGGAAAAUUCGCAGCGGAGAUACGAGACCCUUCGAGGCAUGGAACAAGGUUGUGGCUAGGAACAUUUGAUACCGCGGAGGAGGCUGCUCGUGCAUAUGAUAGAGCAGCAUUUCACUUGAGAGGUCAUCUUGCAACCCUUAAUUUCCCUAAUGAGUAUUACUCUCAGGUGAUGGGAUCAUCCCCUCGUCCUCCACCCUCAGUCUCUUCUUCAUCAUCUUCUUCAUGCACUGGUAAUGUUGGUCCAAGGCAGAGUUCUGAGAGGGGAAGUUCUUCGUCCUCGUCCAGCGGACAAGAAAGGCAAGUUUUUGAGUUUGAGUAUCUGGAUGACAAACUCUUGGAGGAGCUUCUUGCAUCAGAAGAGGAGAAAAUGAAACGGAGACGAGAUUGAGAAAUUUUGUCUUUGAUGUCUAAGACUUUUUACCUUAUAUUUUAGUUCUUGGUUUACUCGAUGAUCUUGAGCUUAAUACCUCACGAUCAACUUUCACAUAUAUCAUAAGAACAUCAAUAAGACUCCCGCAUGGAAUGCCUUAGCUAAAUAUAUAUCAAAGCUAAAUAUAUAUGAUAUAUGAAAAGUUACAUAAUAUGAAAAGUUACAUACAUGGCUUUCAUUUAGCACGGUUUUUGGAGGUCAAUUACUAUACAUGAUAAAGUAAAUUAAUUAAUUCAAGUUGCUGC